GCAAACUUGUGUGUUUUUAUUUGGCAGAUUCUCAGCCCUGGUUUUAAGAUGGUGGGAUUGGGAAAUGGGCGUCGCAGCAUGAAGUCUCCGCCCCUUAUCCUGGCUGCCCUGGUGGCCUGUGUCAUUGUUCUGGGCUUCAACUACUGGAUUGCAAGCUCCAGAAGCGUGGAACUCCAGACACGCAUUGUGGAGCUGGAAGGCCGGGUCCGCAGGGCAGCGGCAGAGAGAGGAGCUGUGGAGCUGAAGAAGAACGAGUUCCAGGGCGAGCUGGAGAAGCAGCGGGAGCAACUCAACAGGAUCCAGUCUAGCCAUAUCUUCCAGAUGGAGAAUGCCAACAGGUUGCACGAGGACGAGAAGGCAAGGCCCAUGUCCCCACUGCCCUCUUCCGAACCACACGGUCAAUGGGUGUAGAUUUAUGUAAUUGCA